AUGUCAACAGAAGAUCGCUUGUUUGUGGUCGCCAUUGACUUUGGGACCACCUACUCGGGCUAUGCCAUCUUAUCUAGAGGACACUUCAUUGAAGACCCACUUGAAAAAAUCAUCACUAAAGUGUGGCAAGCAGGAGAUCUAUUGUCCGACAAAACACCCACUACUCUUUUGUUGAAGCAUGUUGAACCAGACAGCCGCCAAGAGUUUGUAGCGCUUGGAUAUGAAGCAGAAGACAUUUACAGUCGUCUGCCCGAAGAAGAAAAAGAUGGCUACUACUUUUUCAGACGAUUUAAAAUGGCUCUAUACGAUGAAGAUAGAAAAGUGGCUCUUACCAGAAAUACCAAGAUAAAAGAUAUCAGGAACAAGGAGUUGCUUGCCUUGCAUGUUUUCUCCCAUUCCAUCGAGUUCCUUAAGAAGGACUGUUUUGAAAAUCUAAAGAUCAAGGGUUUACAAGAUGAAGUAAACUUUGAAAAGGAAAUCUUGUGGGUUUUGACCGUUCCCGCCAUCUGGGAUGAUGCCGCUAAACAGUUCAUGAGAACAGCAGCUACUGAGGCUGGGUUACCUAAUGAUAGACUCAUGAUCUGUCUUGAGCCGGAAGCAGCGUCCGUUUACUGCAAGUACCUUCCUCUAGAAAGACUAGAGCAAGACGCAUCCUUACAUGCACUACGACCAGGCACGAGAUUUGUGGUGGUAGAUGCCGGGG